AUGCUGAUCCCACUGUGCUUGUCAUUGUUACCUUGCAGGUAUUUAGCAGGUGGUCCAGAAGAUUGCUUGAAACAUUUUGUCCUUGUUGCGCUGCUUCGUCGCUUUGUGAAAAAGAGUCAUCCGUUCACAUAUAUCGAUGCGCAUGCCGGCAGUGGCCUGUACGAUCUGAAAUCUGACGAGUCCCAAGUAUUUUGCAAUCACGAGGAUGGAAUCGUGCACAUCAUGAAUGGAGUGCGAAAACAAGUGGUGUCUGGUGCCGUGUAUCAGCUCAUGCACUCCACCUUGGAGAAGCGGAAUGCUGCCUUGAAGAACCCUGGCUUCCAGCACUAUCUGGGCUCGGCCGCUUGGGCCCUGGAAUGGCUACGGCACCAAGACCAGGCAGUAUUGUUCGAGCUGUCGGCCGAAGUCAUCGCGGACUUGCGGCGCAGCUUGUCGAUCUUGACCCGUACAUCUCAAGCCUCCGUCAGGGUGGUUCAAGCGAACUCCUAUGAACAGCUUAUCCGCAAUCCGCCUCAAUGUCACCAAAGGCAAUUGAUUUUUUUGGAUCCACCAUAUGACUCUGCAAGCACAUAUUUCACGUGGAAUAUAUACAUGCUGCGGCGGCUUUACAAGCACUGGACGUCUGCGACAAUCGUGCUUUGGUUUCCGUAUUAUUCGCCAGAGCAGACGGAUGUGCUGUUGAAGCGAGUUCAGCAGCUACGCCUCGGUCAGGUGCUUGUGGUCCAAAUGAUCUUGCGCAGACGCUCGCGCCAGCUGCUUGGCUCGGGACUUCUGGUCCUUCGCCCGCCCAGCUACCUCCAGGUGUCUGCGCCCUCCUUGAGUGCACGGGAGUUAUGGAGGGAGCACGAACAAGGCCAGCUUUUGGGCUCUUUCACGGAUGCAAAAACCGGCUACCGAUUGCAAAUCAGCUUCUGCCAGCACACCGCACAUGAGCGUGGUGUAGAUGUUCACUUUGUUGUCGCCUCGUUGUUCGCUUUCGCCAGGAAGAAUUGCAGGAAAGUUUGCCUGAAUUGGUGCGAAUGCUUGGUGGACCUGGAAGUUCGGCAGCAACAAUGUGUUCAUGUGUUGCUCUUUCGCUUGGUGGAGAGAGACAACCAUGAUGAGAGACGGGGUGGGUGGGUUAAGGGUGGUAGAGGGGUAGGCGAGGUGGAGAAAAGGAUAGCAAUCGGCAACAUGGCGCAUCGUUCUCUUUCGGGCUGGGCAGCCUCUGACAUGGCAGACUGGGCGGGUUCUUCCAAUGGCGGCGUGGCGCUGAUGCCCAUGAGUGAUGCACCAGGUGGCAUUGCAUGCUGUCCGAGUCCGAGCACGCCAACCGGAACCUGCGCAACGAUACCCCCAGGUGUUUGCAUCAUCGCUGCUGUGUGGAUACCUGUGCAGCAACAGCCGCAGCUCCCAUUGCCAGCCCGUGCCUUCCAGGCAAUCAGCCCCACCAAGUCUUCGAACAUUGCAUCGCUGUCAAUUCCGCACGUGUCUUCCCCGCCGGUGGCACCGCCAGAGCUUGAAGCACCAGGAUUCCAGGAGGUGUCAGCACCACCACCCCCGUCCCAAGAGCCAUCGCUUCCAGCUCUGGAGAAGGAUGCUCUGCCAUCUGUCGGGUCCGUUGGACAUGAGGAAGGCACUUGCAGGCCUUGCGCCUUCGUCUUCAAAAAGGGGUGUGACAGUGGCAGCCAAUGCACCUUCUGCCACCUUUGCCCACCGGGCGAGAAGAAACGACGCCUGAAAGAAAGGGGGGCAAAGAAGGCCACAGAGGGAACGAGCACACCGUGA